AAGCCGGUUUCCUUUUCAGCAAGCCUGCCAGGAUGGGCCAGUGCUGCUGCAAGCUUUAUUACUGCCGUCCAUGCCUGGACAAGACGAAUGAACGUGCCCUUGUGAAAGAAAAGGAGCUGUCAGUCGAGCUUGCAAACAUCAGGGAUGAAGUUGCCCUCAACACGGCAAGAUGUGAGAAAUUACAAAAAGAGAAGGAGGAACUGGAGAGAAGGUUUGAGGAGGAGGUGAGGAAGCUGCAUUGGCAACAGCAAGAAGAGCUGCGUGCCCUUGAGGAGAGGGUGCAGUUACAGUACAGGGGCAAAAUGGACCUCUUGCAAGAGGAACACAGACUCCAACUUGUGAGGAUCAAGUGUCAGCACCAGGAACAGGUGGAAGAUAUUUCAGCCACUCACGAAGCUGCAAUGUUAGAGAUGGAAAAUAAUCAUGCAGUUGCCAUUGCAGUACUCCAGGAUGAGCAUGACAACAAAGUUCAAGAACUGAUGUCUGUCCACGAACUGGAAAAGAAAGAAUUGGAAGAGAGUUUUGAAAAACUGCGGCUGUCACUCCAGGACCAAGUAGAUACCCUCACCUUCCAGAGCCAUUCUCUAAGGGACAAGGCAAAGCGAUUUGAAGAGGCUUUAAAGAAAAACACUGAAGAGCAACUAGAGGUUGCACUAGCUCCAUAUCAGCACUUAGAAGAAGAUAUGUAUAGCCUGAAGCAGGUUUUGGAAAUGAAGAAUCAGCUAAUUCAUCAACAGGAAAAGAGGAUCAUGGAACUGGAAAAGCUGGCUGAAAAAAAUACAAUAUUGGAAGAAAAAAUUCAGGUGCUGCAACAGCAGAAUGAAGACAUGAGAGUCAGGAUUGAUCAAAAUACCGUUGUGACAAGGCAGUUAUCUGAGGAAAAUGCUAAUCUUCAAGAAUAUGUGGAGAAAGAAACCAAGGAAAAGAAGAGGUUAAGCAGGACUAAUGAAGAGCUGCUUUGGAAGCUCCAGACAGCGGAGCCCAUGAGCCCCGUUAAACUGUCUCCUACGCCUAUUUAUCGCUGUUCAUCGGGGCCUCCUACUCCCGCAAAAGUCAGCACGGUGCCCAGAUGACUGCUGCACGCGGCUGCAGAUGUUAACUGGGCUUUUACACAUUUUUCCAAUCCGCUGAAUGUGAUCAUCCAAGAAAGUGUUAACAACCAUAGACACCCAGAGUUGGGUACUACAAGCAUGCUCUGUAGCUGCAUAUGUGUAAGCUAGGCAGUGUACUAUUAGCAUUCCAGUAUAGAAGCUCCCAGUACUGGCACACUGAUGUCUUAGAGUAGUAUAACCAGUGUAGUCUGAUGUGUAAACAUUUUGCCAUGGUUAGAGAUGAAGGAAAGAAAAUACUACUACUAAUGGUUCAUCAAAGUGAACCUUUGCUGCAGUGGUUCAGGUUAGUUACAAACAGUUCACGUUUUGAAUAUCUAUAUAUGUAUGUGUGUUUAUAUAUAUAUAUAUAGUACCUAUGUAGGUGUAUAUAUUGACACCCACGACAUAUAUGGAGUUGAAGAUGUUCUGAAUUGCAUUUUUUUAUAUUAUUAGAUACACAACUAAGUGCUGAUAUAUUUUCAUGAUGGUCAGCAGUUUUGUAACUUGUGCCUAAGACUUAUAGCUAAAUGAAAUGCAUUUCUGUCAAGCCUCCCAGGAAUAUUUCUACCCAAAAUAGAAGAAAGUUACUUAGAAAUAGAAGCGCCUUCCAAACUACCACCAAGUGGUACCACUGUAUAAUGUGAACACCAGCGACAUUGAGAUUCUGCCUUCAAAAUAAUCACCUUCAUACUCAAUGCCAGAUAAGGUCACUCAUUCCAGUCUCCAAAUUUCAAUUAUUAUUAGCAUCAAUGUUAUGAAUGGAUGUAGGAUAGAGACCAAAACCCGGAGGCUGUUAGCAUAUUCCAUACAGUUUAUUUGAUAGAGUGACUCCAUUUUACGCUCUCAAAUUCUAAUUAGCCUUUUUUUUUUAACUGAACACUUUUAGAAGCACUCAGAAUUGAUAACAAAUCCACUCCCACAUUAUUUUAUUGCAAGCCCUAGAAAGAAUUAAAAACAAUAUUUGCUGUGACCUUGACAUUUGGCCAAAAGGGUUAACCCCCUAGUGGAAUUUAGAUCCAGUUUGCCUCAGGGUACAGGGAAUCCUGCACAUACUAGGCUAACGUUCGCCUUUGUUAAUGGCUGGGAGAACCCCAGGGAAGAUCUGUGGGGGCCGCAUGGCUCCAACUGAGGCCAGAAUUUUGUCCCUCACCAUAUAUACCCAUAUAUUUUGAGGCCAAACUACCUUAAACCUCUGCCUUCCAGGCAAAAUGCAAAUAAUCUUAUGUUUCCCUGUUAUAUUAACCCCCUUUGCUGCACCUGUUAACCAUGCAGGUGCUGCAGCGGCAACUUUCUGUGCCGUGCCUAUCUAGACCAGCUGGAAUGUCACACCAUACUGAGUGAGCAUGCUGGUUUCCCGGGGCACAGCACCUCCACCAGCAGUUAGACUGAGAAGGAGUUAACAGUAUUUGAUCCGGAUCCUGGGUCCAGGUAAGGAACUGCACAAAGCCAGGCAAGGUCCUGUUGUCUUCGAUGUUCUCUAAAUGAGGGGUUCCAGCAUUUGCAUCAGAUUUGUUUGGAUUAUACUGUGCAAGCAUUUGAUGUAGCGCAGCGGCAGGUUAGGCAUGUGAGUCACCCACGCAAAAGCAAAAUGUUUUUUUUAAAUGAUGUGAUGCUUCUGUUUUCAAUUUGUGGCAAAGACCCAGCACAUUUUCCUGCCUAUUCACAGAGCACACUGUGUGCUCCAGGACCUGACCAAGUUACGGCCAGGAUGUAAAUACAGGCAGAAAAUAUUCCAGGGUCAUGAAGCAAUUAGAAAGAGUUGUUGUCACAAGGCGUGUAUACAGAUAAUGACUCGCAUGGAAGUAGGCAGGAAGGCAUUUACUCCAGCAAACAUGCGCGUUGUUUGCUCUUGAAAUAUGCUUCAGCUUUCCUGUGAUGUAUUCAGAAUGCUCAGGCUGCAGCUUAGGUACAGCCAGCUUCAAUCUAAGUGGCUUUAGCCCAUCCCAAGAUGUAAAAAUUAGGUUAAUUUUUUUUUUUAGAGAAAUUUAUUUUUGUAGCAGUUUUGCAUGAUAUUAUGCUACUGAGUACAUUGAACAUCUUAUUAGACUAGACCAGGCCAUAUUUGACUACCACUGUUGAAAUACAUUACUAGAUUGUAUGUGUUCAGCAAGUACACCCUGAAAGUAGGAGAGUUGUUACAGAAUAAAAACCAUGAUCACGGUCAUUUUAGUUACUUUCAUACUGCACUUGCUAAAUGCACAGGUACUCUGCAAUACCGAUGUCAUUGUUAUGUUCCAGUCUAGGGCAAUGUGUUCUAUUACAGUACGAGUUGUUACCAUGAUGUUAAUCUAAAUUAUCCCAUGCGCGAUUCACUAAAACGUUAUACUGUCCUGCUCUGAGCUGGCUGAGCCAAUCUGUUUUCCUUCAUCAUUUCUCUGUUUACAGUGCUUUACUCAUCUUUUUGUCAGCUAAGCACACAUGCAAUGGAUGCUCCUUGCAAUGAAUUGGGAGUUGGGACUUUAGUGGUGGGUAGACUGGGCUGCCGGCGACCCCAACAUCAACAACAUGGUGUCAUUUCCAUUCUCUCUGUCUUAUAAUAGUCACUUCCUGGUGUUUGAUACUGGAUGCUGAUGCUUCCAUCCAUGUGACUACAGUUGGCUGUCCAGGGCUUCUCUUCCCCAUUCCCUGUAGGGGGAAGCCACCCGGGGCUUCUCUUCUCAGUUCCCUGUGGGAGCGGGAGGAGCUGCUUGGGGCUUCCCCUCUCCCCGCCUGCUCCCUGCCAGAGCUGGACAUCCUUGUCAGUUUCACAGCUCAGCCAUGAAACUGACUAGGCUGCCUAACUCCUGGCAGAGAGUGGUCAGGGAGGGGGGCCCCUUGGGGCUUCUCACCCUGGCUGUGAGCAGGGUCUGAAGCCUCCCACCCCAGCAUCUGGCCCCGGCUUUCAGUCAGGAGUGGUGUCCAGCCACCCAGCCAAGCAGAGAGAACUUGGCUUUAGCUGCUUAGCUUUCUUGUCAAUUUCAAGGCUCCUGCGGUGAAAUUGACAAGAGAGCCCACAGUAGAAGGGAUGCAGUGUCUGUCACCCUAAUUACACCAACAUGAGCCUUACAGCUGUCGUGGGGGUGAAGUUAUUAUGUCGGUGUAGUACAGCACUUACAUCAGUGGGAGGAAGGCUGUAGUGUAGACACUGACAUUAUUAGGUUGACAUAAGCUGCCUUAUGUUGACUUAACUGUGUAGUGUAGACCAGCCCUCAGCAGCAGUGUACCACCAGUGAGCCGUUCCCUGAUCAGUAGUAAGCAUAUCUCUUGCCAAUAUUAUCCAUAAACCAAGCUUUCUUAAAUGGCAGUGGAGAACACUGCUACUCUUGUUUCCUGACCUAGCACCCUCCUCUUUCUCUGCCCACACUUCCACUUACAAACGCUAACAUCUGCUGGCAUGAAGGGUUGGUAAGGGAGAUGUAACUGUCUGGUGCAAGAAUGGCAUUGAAGUGAAUGCAGUAAGAGCCAAACCUAUUUUCCUUGUGCGCCAGAUUUCCCACUAAAAUUUCAGUGAGAAUCGUAGGUGCACUAGGAAGCUAGUUACCCAGGUCUGUAGGUUGAGGAAAAGAUUUUGUUUUUGGGACCUGGGUUUGUUUACUGGCUGAACUUCAGGCACCAGCACAUUUGUGGUUUACUUGGCUGAUCUUUCAUCUACCAUCGUUAGGUUAUUGUUUGAAAUGACAGGAAAUGUACUGGCAUCUGGAUAGGAUUUAAAAAGCAGAAGCAACAGGAUUUUGAUAACUCAUCACUAUCUAUUCAAACGAGAAGUCAGUGGGUGCCUAUCCUCUACACCAAGCCACAAGAAAAGAGCAAAUACGUUAGGGAGGAAAUUUACACCAGUGCAAAGAAGAACCAGCUCAGAGCCCUGUAAACUCAUGUAAGACCAUGGAGGUGAAGAAGGAACAAGGACAUUCCUGCUGUUUAGGAAGUCUUUGUGCACAUGAAAAUAGGGAUGCCCAGAGAUCUGUGCCUACAUGGAUUCAGUGACCCCUAACAACCUUUAUUUUAGUCCUUGGGUUUAAAUAGCAGCCACAAUGGGGCACUGCUACAGAUCCACAGAUUGCCUGUGGGCUGGGUUGGUAAAAUGCAUCGCCUCUAACUCCACAACACAGGCUUUUUUCAGGAGAGAUGAAUUUCACACUGUUACAGCAGCAUUUCCUGAUGCUGUGAGUGCAGGUCUACAAAAGACACUUGGGGAGGAUUACAGAUUAUUGGGUGAAUUUAUCUAGAUUUUGCAGCCAAUGUAAACAGCAGGAUUUUCAAGCACAUAACUAUGGUGCAUAAUGUGGCCUAGACAGUAACAAUGUGGGAAUUCACUUUCAAAACAAAUGUCAUUAAAUUAUACCAAAACAGCAGCAGGCUAGCAAAGCAUUGUGAUUGUAGCUGGAGUUCUCACCCUGUCAGUGCAUGCUCUUAACAUUGGUUAGUAUGGGGCUGUUCAUGCAUUGUGCCUCAGCACCUGAACAGUAAAUGUUCCACUUACAAAUAAACCCUACUGGCUAAUGAGGGCUGAAUAAGGAUUGUGGGGAGAGGGAUUAUCUUUUACAAGGCAAGUGCUCUUGAGACUUAAUUAUGGAGGAACCCUAUUGAUUCCUCCACUUGCUCUUCUCAUUAACCCACACUGUGAGACUACAAAGUAAAAGCUGCCAAACCAUUCUUUGAUUUAUCCAGCCCUGUACCCACUAAUCAUUAGUUUCUGCAUCUCUCAAAGGGCUACAGAGUGUAUACUUUUCCUCCACAGCAACUAUCCAUAAAGACAGCUAUUUAGCUACUAAAAGUGAUUUUAUUUUUAUGUUGGAAGCUGUCCAAUAGAAAAUGAAAUAAUUUUACAAUAAAGGAACCAAAAUACACACCUGAACUUCAGUGGGCUUUGUGGAUGCUCAGCAGUUCUGCUAAUCAGUUUAACUUAGAUGCUUAAAUGUGGGUUUUACUAACUUUAGGCAUCCAGGGUUGAACAUUUUGGCCUAAGUUUUUAAUUCAAUGCACGUAAUUAUGGCUGUACUAUAAACCUCUGUAAAGCCACAUUUUAUAAUGGAAAAGCCUUUAACUAUGGAAGGAUACAAUAAAUCCUGCUUUUCCUCCACCUCCACUGCAAACUCAAACAGUCCAGUAGCUAAACCAGAAUUACCUUCACUUCUAUAGUUCUCUAGGUCCCAUUUUCAUUAAAGUGACUAAGCGACAGGGCUAGCAUCUGAAAUUAGGCUCUGUCCACAUGGUGGUGGUGGGUUCAGAAGCCUGGUUUUGGUUCAGUCUGAUUCUAGGACAUAGCAAGGGGAAAUUGGCAAGAGUAGUCGGCUUGCUUCCAGUCAUGGCACAUCUCUUUAGCACCAGAUUCGUGACUGGUUUAUGACUAGCAUUCAACUUUAGUUUUCAUUUAGUUUGUAAGUACUGAGCAGGUGAAAUGAUCAGAGUUGGGCUCAGCGAUGGGUGGGUGGGAGCGGGGGGGUGUGUGCAAUGUUGGUGGCACAGGGCCUGUAAGUAUCACACUUUAUGUGAUUAUUCUUCCACUCCCUUUCCCUUACAGAGAUGACUCAGCCAGACAAGUCAAUGAUACUUGAUUAUUGCUAUUACCUUUUAGAUAGCAAAAGGCUGUAGGUGACAUAUCCAUAGGGAGUAAUUACUCCUGUGGACCAUUGCUCUAUAAGAAUAAUUUAAAAAAAACAUUGUCACAAUUGCUCUAUAAAAAUACAACUACAAGCUUAUUUGGAGACAUGGCCUUAAGCGUAUUUAUUAUUUCUACUGCAACAGCACCCAAAGGACCCUAUCAGAUUGACGGCUCCAUUGUAGUUGCUGUACAAACACAAAUUAAGCCAUGGCCUCUGCCCCAAGGAUGGUCCCUGGAAAAAGUUUUUAAACAGCCCAUCCACCCCAACCACCUUCAAAUUCCUCCCACCCAACAAGUGUCUUCCUCAGCAAGAAUGACAAUGUGAAGCAGGGCCUCCUUGAGCCCACAGCCAGCUGGUGGGCAGCCUCACUUACGGCUUGUCUAUACUUCUGACUAAAUCAGCAUGGCUCCGAGCGAGGCAGUGGUGUUGAUUUAGUGGGUCUGGUGAAGACAAGCUAAGUCGGUGGCAGAACACUCUCAGAACGCUCUCUCAUUGAUGUCUGUACUCCAUCUCCCUGAGUGGGAGAGCAUCUCCCGUUGACACAGUGUGGUGUAGACAAUGCUGUCAGUCGACCUAAGUCCCGUCAACUUCAGUCGCAUAACUUAGGUCGACUGACAGCUUUAGUGUAAACCAGCCCUUAGAGGCAAGUGAUGAAAAAGAGAGCAACAAAUUCUUCUUUGUGUCUUUUUUCUUCACAUCUGUCUGUGGGACAUGAGCAGUGUUUGAAUUCUUGCAACUAAGAAAUCUGCAUAAAUCAAAUCAGUAGAUAAGUUCCUGCAUUUCACUGAAAUAAUUUGCUUACAAUAAAUCAGCAGAUACCUAAUGGUUAAGUUCAUUUUUUGGUGAGAAAACAAACAAACAAACAAAAUCAGGUAUUUUAUGUCUCUGCACUGAUUGCAUUUGUGUCCCAUGGACACACUGGGGAUCCUUCUGUAAAGUUUUUCCCACGCAGUAGGAGUUCUGUAGUCUGAUUUAAUACGUGGUUAAUGAAUUACAGGAAAAGUUUGUAUUAUUUCUGUUAUGAUGUAUAGAUGAGUGUAAUAUAUUCCUGAUAAUAAAUUCA